AUGAAACGAAAGACAACACAACAGAAACAGCAGCAACCGCAGCAGCAGCAACAACAAGUUCAGACAACGAAGAAGACAAAGAACACUUCAGCAUCAUCAGCCCCAACUCAAACAUCCAAGAAACAACAACAACCCAAACAGACCAAAGAUAACGACAAGAACAAGAGGCCAAAGAAGAAGAAGAGAAUGUCACAAUCAGACAAUGCAUCAGAAGAUGGAUCAAGCUACGAGACCUACGACAGCAAUGAAGAAGAUGUCUACGAGGGUGAGGUCGAUGAGGAUGGAGAACGUCAUGGACAUGGAUCAUUGUAUACUUUGGAUGGAUUUAUAAUGGAGGGCGAAUGGGUACAUGGUACACUCAAUGGAAAGGGAUCGCUCAUUUAUGAGGAUGUGUUGAUUGAGGGACAGUAUGUGGACGGCGAGUUGAGCGGACAUUGCAGCGAAUUCACUUUGGAGCACGUGUUGACAUUCGAGGGCGAGUACGUCAGUGGCGAACGCAAUGGCAAGGGAGUACUUCAUAACAUUGAUGGCAGCAGAAUAGAAGGUGUAUGGACCGAUAGCAUAUUGAGUGGCGAGUGUACCUUCUACUAUCCAGACGAGAGAUUCACGAUCAAAGGUACAUGGGAGGAUGGCGAGUUUGUCAAGGGCACUGCCGGAACCACAAUUAGCGAGUUCCCAAUCAAUAUCGACACCAACGUUGUCCGUGAUGAGGGUACCAGCUCGACAAUAUCGACCAAUCCAACGCUGCCUGACUUGUUUGAGGAGUACUACCUCUAUGUCAAGGAGUCAAAUAUUCCAAACUCUGGUGAAGGACUAUUCGCAAAGGUUGAUAUCCCUGCAGAUAGACUAGUAUCUUAUUACAAUGGAAUGAGAAUAGAUCCCAAAAUUGCAGAUGAUAGGGAUUGGGAGUUUAACAGGAAUACAAUGUAUUUGGACAAAGAGACUUAUAUUGACAUUCCACCCGAGUGGUCCACAUCAGACAAGUACUGCGCAUCACUUGGACACAAGGCCAACCACGAUCUCAACAACAACACAGUAUACCGAUCAUGUUACCACCCACGCUUUGGUGACAUCAAGUGUGUCCGAUCCAUUCGGGCCAUCGCCAAAGAUGAGGAGAUACUUGUAAACUACGACUACGAGGAGAAGGACAAGCCGCAAUGGUACAAAGACCUCGAGAGCUCGCGUCCAGAGGGUCAGCCAGCACAGCGUAACUAG